UUUUUUUUUGGUCGUCUUCUUCCCCAACUCCCUGUUUUGUGCUGAUGGCGAAGGAUCGCGACAGCGAGAGACCGUUCGUUUGGUGACGUGGGCUGUUUCAAAGUUUCGGACACUGGGUUAUUGUUUCGUCUUAGCGGGAUGUGUGGACUAGGCGACAUUUAGUUUCGUUCCAUAUUUGUGUUGCUGUUGUUUUCCUCCUGAAUUUUCUUCCACCGUACAAAGUAAUUCAAAAAGUGUGGACUAAUUUGGCAAAGUGUGGCAGUGGAUUGUGUGCCGUGUUUCACUUCCUUUAGUAACCUGGACUACGUGAUCAACCGUUUUGGUCUAGCACAGAAGUGAGACAUUGGGACGUAGAAUCUAAUUACUACUCUUGUAUUCUGAGAGGGAGCUCGUCGUGUGGUUUUAAUGGGUGGGACCCACGUGAUAAAACACGCCGACCAAAUGGAAGAUGCGUGCUAAUGAGUUGUUGAUAUCCGGAUGCAGUUCUUGUGUGAUUUGUUAUGCGGCGGUCUUUUAGGAAAUUCGUUAAAACAUAUUUCCCCCAUCCGUUUCUCUACAAGUUAUUAGCUCAAUAAGUGGAUCCAAUUCCUGCCUCUUGGACACUCAGGUUUUGCCUAAGUAGUAUAACGAAAUAGGGUUCCUUAUUAUCCUUACUUCCAAGCCAAAGAAAGGUUGCUUGCUAUCACUGCACGAUUCAAUGGUCUCCCCUCAGUCAAUAGGUGUACAUGGCAACUUGGUUUGGUUUUUUUUUCUUCUCAGAUACAAGCCGCGGAUUUGACUGUUUAACUAAAAUAAAGACGCGAAAGAGACCCAACUUGUUUGCUAUUGUUUUUUUUUAACUGAGGACAUCUUGGAAUGUACUACAUAACAUUGUAGAUUCUAGCCAACAGGUGACCAACUUAGUCCUUAACACUUUCUCUCCUAACUGACGAUACCAGCGUUGAUUCUACCAGAAUGUGGUAAAUAAUUACGGAGAGAAAGAGUUAAUAGUGCAGUGAACAGAGAUCCUCUCCUUCCCCGAGACUGAAACCCUUAUGUUAUGUAGUCGAUACGUUUUUAAAAUACUUUCAUCUUCUUAAUGUGAUCCCCACUUUUUCCCCCUCCAGACCGCCAUCUAAAUUACGCCCUGUGGUUAAUUAAACUCUGUUCAUCUGACAUUUGUAGUCAAGAGCUUGUUUAUUGAUAGCUGAACCGAAUGUGCACAAUAACUUUGGUGCUCUAUGCAUUGAUUUGUAUAACUCUUGCCAGACUCCGAGUUGACCUUUCAUGCAACGGUAACCUGUUAUUGAUUAGUGUGUAUUUCCUGGCCAUAAAUAAUUUCUCAACACAAGGUCUUAAGCUACAAAAUAAAAGGUCGAAUUCGACAUGUCCGAUUUACAAAGUUGUGGCAACGACAGGCAACACUUUAAAAACGAGUCAUUUGUUGGGUACGCGCAUCUGAUCCAAUUAAACUGUAAGAAAUGUUCGGUGUUAGUCAAGUCUUAGAAUGAGUAGAGCUGGAGUUGAACGUUCUAAAUAGAUUUGUAUAUUCUUGUAGCUGUAGUGUUAUUUACUGCAGUGUCUCAGGGUUUUCUUUCUAUGAAGUAACUGCAAGCCACGCACACCAUUGUUUACAAACAUUAGGUCAUGGAUUGAAAACGGCCUGUUCUAAAUGGUUAGAAAUUUGUUGGAGGGACCAUGUGUGUAUGGAUAGACAGAAGUUGUCACAGGACUUUCAGUCAAGCUAAACAUGUUGUCAUUGGUACCAACAUCAGGAGGACAUGCUGCAUGCAUCGAGUUGAAUGACCAAAAGAACGUUUCUUAAGUAUAGAUCAGGACGCACAUUUAGUCAUGAAAUUGGGCAUAUGGCUGAGUGGCAUCGACCGCUGGGUUGUUGCACUGAUGGGCUCAAGUUCAAAUCUCGGAUGUGCUCUAGGAAUAUUUUUUUUUUCUGAGCGUUUGAGGACAGCGUGAAAACUUGCCAAAUAGAACCUAGCCUUUCCAAGAAGCUAAGAGUAAAGGCAGUGACUGUGUUAAAGUAACAUGGUGACGUACGCGACAAAUGAUACUUUUAGAAAAAGAGAGCUUAGAAAUACGAAUCCAAGGACCUUUGUAUAUUCCACUAAUCACGUUGACCUGACCAUGUAGAACUCACAUUGACUUGGGAAACUUUGAACUCACACUGUUUACCAAGUGGGGAAGGAUGAUUUUAUUUCCUUAGGCUCAACGUAUUUCACGCCAGUGUCGUCUGCUAUCUUAGCCUAAGCUCUAUUGUUUAUCAUUUGUCUACUCCAGAAAUGUUACACACUUGACCCUAAGGGCAGUCACUAGUUCAAACCUCCUAUCUGGUUCUGUAUGAGUUAUCUUGCCGUGGCACUGAUAAACAGGACGUUGGUCGUGGACGCUUUAGCUUGGGAAAAAACAAAGCUAGUCCGAAAUAAAAAUCUCCUCGUACUCUACGUGAUUCAUCUGCUCUCCAUCUCGCUUGGUCCAAGUGUUUUGUCCCACGAUGUUCUGUUACACCUACUUAAUGCCCCUGGACGUUACUUGUGUAGUCUAUGGAUGCUGAAUCCUAGGGUGAAGACAGAAAUUCUUCUCAACCAUUGAUUUUGAUUGCAGAGUUGGUUAAGUUUAGAUGAUUUCAUUUCUCUCUAUUAUUUGGUUUUCAAACACAUAUUUGCAAGUAAACAUUUUAUUUAUUUGGGUUCAACUGGCAAUCACCGCUUCUAUUGACACUAUGAAAAAUGCGCAUUGAUGGCCUUCACAAUAUGCACAUUAUUGACCUAUGUUGUAAUGAGGGAGCUGUAGGCAGGCGACUUAACGAGUCUAGACCUUGUGUCUGCUCAACAGUGGACAGGUAUAAUUUCUGAAUAAACGCCUUGACAUGAACUACAAAGACCCGGCCAAGGCAGUACGUCAUUCACGGGGGGAAAGCUUAAGCCUGACAAAUCCCUAACCAAUGCAGACCUUCCUUUGAGUGCUGUGUAGAUAUGUGGCUCCAGCACAUUUACUCUACUAGCUGGUCUUGUCACAGGAGGUGCUGGUCUUGUAGAUCACCCCAGAGUUAGAGUUUAUCUAUUUUAUGUUGAUUUGAAUAAAACAAAAAAAAACUAUCAAGAUGUACAACCCCAGUUUUAUCAGCGCCUAAAAGUGCACAUCGUCGAUGUAUAUAUAUAUAUAUUUAUCUCCAUAUUGCCUCGAUGUCGUUGUAGAGAAAAUAUGAAGACAAAAAAGUAAUAAGGUUUAUGUGAGAACUAUUAGAGGACCAGUCACCAUUUCCACCUGUUAUUGACUAUCAGAGAGAGAGAACGUUGUACAUAACCCCAACGAUGCAUUCAUGUCAACACAUUGGAGUUCCAAAGGUCUCCUUACCCCCUCCUCCAGUGGAGAUCCAAUGAAUGCCAGUCUAGCCUAAGAGGAAACCUUUGUGUUAAACGAGUGCGAGCAUUAUUAUUUAAGCUGCCUUUUUUUUUCUUUUCCUAUCGUUGAAGUAGGAAAGCCAUUGCGCAAUCCCAUCACUAGUGGAGCUAGUCGUUAGCUCAAUUCAAUACACGACCUGUUUGAUAACUGACGAUCAUUGCAAUUAUCCAUGUGUGUGUGUCUCUCUUCUUUAGGAAAGAUUUGAACAAAAUCUAUACCAGUACAAGCACUUUAUUAGGAAAAAAAAAAGGUGUGUGUGUGUGUGUGGGGGGGGGGGGUUUCAGGUUUAUGUAGAUGCCUCAAGCAAGCGUCCAAUAAAAACUAUCAAAAGUUACUCCCGUAAUAAGUUGUGACAUGCAAUGAACUGAAAUAAACAUCCCAUUGUUGUCCAUGACAAAGAAUCCUAAACUAAAAAUUUGUUGUCGCCUUGAGGUCUUCCGUAUUUCUUCCCCAUGACCUGUGCAGCUGUGAACUUAAAGGUCGAUGUCUUGUGCUGUACGUUGGCUGACUGUUUAGUCAAUACUGACUUAACCUGUUUUGUUUGCCUGCAGCAAAUCAACGCCCACAAUUAUUGAAAACAACAGCAAUAACCCCAGUCUUAUCUUCUUGGCAUUUCACGUUCCUUUGCUGGUGGGCUGUUUUUUCCCCAAGUAGAAACUUGGUUGACAUGAGACUAGCAGGAACUAAUGUUUGGUUUAUUUAUACACUAGUAGUUAAGACUAUUCGGGCUGGUUUCUAGGCAUGCAAUAUUGACCUCCAAGAGACUGCUGUUUUGUCUCUUAAUGAGCACGUCUUUUCUGUGCCGGGAGAAAUGAUUGAACACAAUGAGUUGGUCGAAUCGUGGUUUUUUUCCUAAGCCUGUUAUAAUGUAAGAGUAAUGACAAAGUGUGUUCAUUGGUGUCACUGAUCAGGCCAUGGUAGCUGUGCUUUCUUAGGUGUGUUAGGAAACCAAGUAUUUAUCUUGACAUAACCCUUUUAGGGCUGGGAUUAGUAUUCGUGUGAACUUUGUCUUUAGGAAUCUUCCUUUUUGUAAUUAGGAACUUGUUUUUAACACUUCUAACAUAAAUUAUCAUUUAGCAUCCUCGUUCUGAUUGUAUUGAUUUCUUAACGCGUGUCAAUGUUUGAAUACUACAUUGAAACAUUUCAGACAAGAGCUGCAGUUUGUUAAGCUGUGCCUGUGGUUCUGGCAAAGUCAUUGUUUUAUAUACGCAGUGUGAACUAGUGCACCAUUCAGUAGUGAGUUCAAAAGUGUAGAGUUAAUGAAACACGUUUGAAAGAAUCAGUUGAGUGACACUUGACAUUCUUUGGAUUACUGCUGGAUAGAGUUGGAUGCCAGGACACCACACCAGUUUCCUCUUUCGCCAGCUGGCAAUGGCAGGCCUUGGCUCUAUCAUGCCCUGAAGUCCAGUUCCUUGACACUGGCAUCACGUGGUCUACAAAGCUGGACCUGCAGCCCUCCUGUGAGGGGGAUCUGUAUGCGUCCAAUGGCGAGUUCUUCGGGCCGCUAGACUUGAGCAACCUGCACAUGCUCCCUGGGGAUGUUUUCUACUACGCCGCGAAUUCCAGUGUGCUGUGUGUGCAGCGGGACGAACUGGUCAAGUUCAUAAACAAGACUCCUGCCUCUACUCGGCUAUUGAACCUAAAUCCUUCGGCUCAACCUUUCCGCCAGACUCCUUCUGGUUCUACUCCGCCCAAAAAUCUCAACCCUUCGGCACCUAUAUUUCAACAGUCUGGAGAAAGAUCUCCUUCUGAUGUCAAUUAUCUGGGUCAAGAGGCUGGAUCCCCAGGUCUGUUGACCAAUGGAGGUAUCCAUCACUACGGCACAAAUUAUUCUUUGGGAGCUAGCAGCAACCUCUCUAAGCUGCAGGCCCCUCACCAGAUUCCAAGCCUUAUGGUGAACGGUGCAGCUCAGGUGGCACCCCACGUGGCAGCUCAUCCCAUGCUAACCACGGGCGGUCGAGCCAACCAUCUAGUGCCUAGCUCUAAGACACAAUACUUUGUUGCUGUUCCUGAUAACUUGAAUGGACCUGUUCCACGGCAGCAGCAGCAACAAGCAAGGAUCACAUCAAAUCACCUUGGACUAGGAAAUGGUGAGCCAGGAGACAACGUGCUGCCCAAUGAAGCUGUCCCUCCUGUUGGUGGAGGGGAGGAGGAAACAGAGGAAGAGGGGGCUGAUGCAGCAAGUAGCGAAGGAGGCAGGUAUCCCGAGUCUGUGCUUGAGCCUAUUAAGAAACAGAUGCAGUUUUAUUUCUCCUCAGAAAACUUACCCAAUGACAAGUUUUUAAAUUCUAAAAUGGAUAACGAUAAGUACAUACCGCUGGAGCUGUUUCUUGACUUUGGUAGGAUCAAGCCUAUAUGUGACAACUACGAGCAGUUGGCCCAGGCUGUAGAAUUGAGUUCCAUCUUAGAAUUGAAUGAGUCUAGAACUAAAGUUAGAGUUUCCCAGUGCAGGAAAACUUUGACACUGCGAGGUUUCCCUGCGAAUGCCACAAAAGAGGAAAUUUGUGAAUUCAUUCUGAGCAUAGGUGGGCCAUCACCAACUCAUAUAGAGUUUGUCAUGUUGAAAGAGAAGUGCUCCAACUGGUAUGUCAGCUUCAAAGAUGAGUCCAUUGCCUUGAACUGCUUUUUUAAGUUACAUAAUGCCAAAGCAGAAUACAAAGGCUAUCCUAUUGGGUGCUGUAUCAAGUCUUCGGGUACUUUGGCUGCUGCUGGAUACUUUCCUUCAUCUGAAGAGUCUAACCAGCGUAGAAUGGCCCAGCAGAACCAUGUAUCUGUCCCCCCUGUCAAUCCCACAGCAACUCCGGCUAUGCAGAGCACUCUAGCACAACCUCAACAACCACAGACAUUAAUGCAACCGUACAACACCAUGCCAAUCUACAACCAGCUCGUGCAAGCCACACCUGGAAUCUAUUACCAGCAGGCCACUCCUGCACCUUAUUUAGGUUGGACCGGUAUGACCAGUAUGCUGACCCCAAAUUGGGCUGGCCCUGCAGCCAUGGAGCCAGGACUUAUCAUGCAAAACAAUGGUUUGCAGCCUCAACAUAUCAGGACUAAUAUGCCUCGACAUAUAAUGCCACAGACUGGAGCACAGCAUCGUUUUAAUAAGCCGCAGCGUAAUCGCCAACAGGUUGAGCGUAGUGCUUCAGAGAGAAGUGACCGUGGAUCUGUAGUGUCUAUUUCGUCAGCUGGUCAGUCUCGUUCCAGCCCACGUAGUGUUGACAGUGGUAGUAGUGCUGGCAUGGUGCAACAGAGUGGGGCUUAUGUGACCCGUCGCCCUAGAGAUGAAGUUGUUAUCAACCAACAGCAGUUAGUGCAGACUGCCCAGCAUCAGUAUGUGACACCUAUUGUUACUCAGCAGCAGCAACAUGUUGUCACCACUGCAGCUCCCACUACCAUAGUCAACCCUGUAGAAUCAACAAUUCAUUUUCCGCAACAGCAGCCUAUUAUUGUACAGCCGACAAUGACUGUGCCCACCACUGCACCUCCAAUGCCUACCCCACAGACAAAUAAUCCGCCCCCUUUGACUCCGCAACAGAUGCACCACCAACCCCCUCCUCAAUUACAUCACCACCAACAGCCCCCUCAUCAGCACCAGCCUCCUGCCCAUCACCCAGCCCCUCACCCCGUCAGCCAUCAGCAACACCACCAGCCACCACCCCUUUCCCACCAUCAGUCACAUCACCAGCAACCUCUGCAAGGUGGAAAUCACCAGUCUCACCCAAACCCUCAUAUGAUGCCCCCACUCCAUCACCCACAGCCUCAUCAUCAGAUGCCCCCACCUUCUGUUUCCCAUCAUCAACAUCAGCAGCCACCGCUAGGCAACAGACAGACAGACAGAAAAAGAGGUAAACGCAAUGAUGUUAGAAAUCAGAGAAAUCAGUCUAGUAGAGUUAGUUCACAAGCCCCUGUUCCUCCAGACAACUUUACAAUGGAGGCUAAUUCUUUUCCACCACUUCCUGGCGCAGCAAACAGUGUAGCCAAUUCUGAUGUUUCUCUGGAAAACCGAAUGUCAGACAUAGUGAGAGGAAAGCCUCCACGAACAUCUGUCUCCAGUAGCUCUGGUGUUCAGAGGGCCCCUUCCACGACCCCAAGCCCAGUAGCUACACCAGCUCCCCCUGUGGUUUCCUCAGCUCCUCAAAGAGUGUCAGGGCCUGCUGCUGUUGAUGUUCCCAGUGGUGGGGAUGAUGCUGAUUCUCUCCAGGAGGAUGAUACAUCUUCUUCUUUUGAAGAAGGGGAUACUGAUGAGACAAGGUCAAUACGCUCAGAGACACAGUCAGCAACAUCAUCAGAGCCAUCAGUUGUGCCAAUACCUUCUCGGUCUCAGAAAGCCAAUACCCCUGUUAUGACACCGACCCCUGUCUCAUCACAUAGGCCUGGGGAGAACAGGCCAGGUGUACACAAUCAAAGCUCUGGUCCCACUAGGAUAGCCCAGCAGCCAGCACCACCGCAGCAAGUUUUGAUUUCACCUGCUUUAACUUCACCUAUGACUGAAGCUCCAAAACCUUCUUAUGCUCAGAUGGUGGCCCAGAAAAAUCGUGAUGCGGCCAAUGGAAUUACUCCCAGUGAUGCCUCUAGUAGUGUCUCAUCCAACCCAAUCACAAACUCAGGAACACUUAAUGGCCCAUCAGCUGCUGGUGCCCAGAAUAAUAGCAGCACUGCCUCGUCCAACCUAGUAAGAUCCAACAGUCAGACAUCCAAUGCCUUCCGUGAGCAGGGAAAUCACCAGGCUGGUGCUCAGCCUGUGCCUCGCUCAGCCCAAAGGGGCUCUUCUAAAGACAAUGUUGUCCGGGCAGAAGGACCUACUCAAUCCUCUCGGCCUUCUAGCAAUGGCCCCCGCAGGAACUCCAAGGAAAAUAGAUCAGGGAAUAAAUUUGACAGAAGGAAACCUGAGCCUCGCCCAAAAUAAAUCUAGUCCGAAAAUAAAGCCAAACUUCAGUGACGAAUUUGUUCCCUCAACAACUGUAUGAACGCCUGUAAACAACAAAUUAUUUUUCCAAAAGUGUAUUACAUUUGUGUGUUAACUUUCCCCAUCGUUUUAGAGUGUAUCCAUGUGUAUAAUGGUUAGCUCCGAGUCUGUUUCUUCAGCUAAAGAAUUUGUUACAUGCUGAGAAAAAUGGUGAAGAUGAGGAUGGCUGUACAAUUUGGAAUACUGUGACACAAAUUCUUACCAUGGUUUACUAGUUUUGGAAUAUAAAUGUGACACUUCAGAAAUCAGUGGAUUACUAGUUUUCCUUUUACAAAGAUUUGGAUACAUUUGGUUCUAAAAAUAGUGUUUCAAACAUGGAUAUUUUUUUUUAUCUGUUCAUUUUUAAGUAUAAAUUUUUUUCUCAAAACUUUGUUGCACGUACAAUAUUUUAUUUUAGAAUGGUUGUUGCAGUGACAUUUUUGUUUAUUUUAAAAUUUUGCAAAUUAUUUUGAAUGUCUUAUUUCAUAUUUGUAAUCAGAACAUGAAACAAUAUAUGCAGGUGAUGGUUAUCAUGUGUAUAGAAAUAAAAUGUACAGUUACUGGUAUACAUGCCGGUAUAUAAUUUAAUGUUCCAUGAAGAAGUAAUUUGAUCAUCCAACACAAUUCUGGCAGAGGACAUUUAGCCAGAGCUUACAUAAUUCUGGCUUACUUCAUGUGACCAGGCCUUCGACAUAAUUUUGGCAUGGACAUGUGAUCAGAGCUCUCUCCCGAUUCUGGCAGAGGUCUUGUAAAAUGUUUCAAUUAGGACCCUGUACUGCUUCCGUGUUGAUGUUGUGGUGAUAAUUUGUUUGUGAUCACUUUCCAGUUUUACAAAAAUAAAACAUUACACCUAUUUCACUCUAUAGUUCUGGACUAAAUUUGAUCAGUGAUUGCUGGAAUAGAGAAGAAUAGAACCGAAUGGUAUACAAGUAUUUUGGUUAGGCAUUUUUGUAUGAUCCCAAAUGACCUACUUAAAAAAAUAAAUCUUUCAACUUAAAGAUAUAUAUAUAUAUGUUUGUACAAACAUUUGUAUCUAGGCCAGUGAUAGUCGUAAACAAAUCAUUCUGCUAGAGUAUGUUUUAUCAAAUGAAUACUAUUUCUAAGUGAACUUGGCAUCUAUUCAUAGUGGUGACACUAGAAAACUUCGACUUAAUGUUCUUUUUUUUUUUCAGUUGUUGCUUUUUCAAUCAUUCAGGAGGAAAGUAUUUCUAGUGAUCUUAAUUUCUCUAUUUUGUGGAAAAUGUACAACGUUUUGACACUUGGCGUUGUCAGAUAUGAUUGCUACACACACAAUGCGUUGUAGAUGUGGUUUGUUUUGUGCUUGUUGAAAUAGAUGCAUUGACCAGUUGGAAUACUGUGUCACAAUUCUGUUGUCGAACUGAUGUUAUCACUUAUCUGAUUUCUUGUUGGUGUAAGUUUUAUGAAUGCUGGAUCUAUGAAAAAUAACCAGAUAUGCUAGUUAUAAAGCAUCCAACUAAUUAAGUUUUUUACUUCUACAAUUUCCUGUGCUAGUUCAUAGAAAUCUUUCUUGUUAUGUUUUUUUCAUUGAAGCAUUUAGUAGAAACUCACCCUGAUAUCUCCCUUAUUAUGAAGGUUAAUUUAUAAUUUUGUUAAUUAGGCAUACAUAAUUUCAAGACCAAAAAAAAAAAAGCCUGUAACUUGUAAAUUAUAGUACAAGCUAGUUAAGAUUUUUGAGCAGAAUGGUUUAGUCUUUGCAAAAAAUAGACCCUUUAAAAGUUAAAUUGUUUGUCCUGUAUGUUUCUCUGUGGCUAUUAAGUGAUUUGCAUCCUAUGGCCUGUCAUUAGUUCUGGCCAGCUUCAAAUAAUCAUGUCUGAUACAUAAACUUCUUUUAAAAAAAUGCUUCCAUUAUGACUGGGCAGUUGUUUGCCUAAAUAAAUAUUUAUAUGGCUGUAUAUAUUGGAGAAUUGUUUUGUUUUAUUGAAAGUUUUUUUUUUUUUUUUUAAUGAUUUUCAUCACUGCAAGAUUCACAGUUGUUUUAGAAAAACAAAAAAUUUCAUAAUGUAAAUAAAAAAAAAUAAUAAAAAAACCAAAAUACCAAAAAAAAUAAAAGUUUGGAUUGCAAUGCAUUGUAUUUUGUGCGAGUCAAACUGAAGUGGGCAACAUUAAAGUAUUGAUCAAGUAUUGAAUUACCAGAGCCUCUUUCUGUCCCCUAUGAUAAGCCUUUGUAUAUUCAUGGUCAUUUGAGUUCUUUGUUUCUGUGAGCAAUUGAAACAAAUCUCUUGUGAAUGUUAUUUAUGUGUACAUAGCUCUAAAUAUCUUUGUUCCUAAGUUUUCUAUGUCAAUUGUUCUGUUCAUUGCAUUGGUUUUAAUUUGUUUUUUUUUUUGUUUUCCAAAUACUAGAGAUGUUUCAUAAUUCUUUUGGCCAUUUUGUUUUCUUUCCCUUCUAUUUCCAGGUUAAUAUUAAAGUGACACAUGUGCAUUAUGCUGGAUUUUGCUUGCUUUCUCAUUUUGUCCGCUUUUUUCAUUGGUAGGAACAAAAAAUGUGCCUGUAGAGUUUGUUUUAGUUCUAAAUUUUUGUUAUUCUCAAGCAAAAUAAACCUUUUUGAAAGCAUUUCACCAUUUGCUUCACCGAAUGCUUUUUUUUUCUUUUUUUUUUUUUUAGAAAGCUGUGAGAUAGAUGCUUGAUAACUUCCACGUCCCCUUUGUUUUGUUUGCAACUGUUCUUUUAAUCAGACUCUUUAUUUCCUCAUUCCUUUCAAAUGUUUAGAAACUCAGCUUGAACUCAGAAUAUGAAUUAUUUUCAAUUGAAUACAUUUGCAUUAGAAAUUUGACCAAUCAUUCCAACAGGGUUGUGGGGGGGGAUCAGAGGUGGGAAACUAGAGAAGAAGGUAGCUGUAACCAAAGUCUAUAAACAUUGAAGAAGUGUUGGCAGUCUUAGCUGCCAUUUCUCCCCCGGUGCUACAAGGGUAUCACCCUGAAACAUUUUUUGUUUAACUUAAGCUUGCAUGCAUGCUUGUGAUCAGGUUGAAAAAAAAUAUUUUUUUGGUUCAAUGUUAAAAUCAAAAUAUUUUUAUAUAGUUUAGAUUACUAAAAAUUAUCAUGCUGACUAUUUAAUAUCAUAUUGGGAUAGUAAUUCAUAGGAAAAAAAAAGAAAGUACAUUUGUUACUACUGAAAUAUUGUGAAGUAGUAGAUAAAGAAGAAAAAAAAGAAGGCAUAAUUUCUGUCUACAUUGUUAGGGCUUUGUUUUAAGUAUACUCAGACUGCAAGUGUGGAAAGUGUGUGAGUUGUCUAGUGGUGAUCAACUAUUGGCUCUCUCUGUGUCGAACUUCUUCAGCAUUUAUAAUAAAUGUUCAGUGGAAGAGAUUUUGUUUUUUUCUUGUGGGCUGAUGUUAAUACAUGCACAUUUGUAUCCUUGUUAUUGCUCAGUAAAUUUAUACAUAUUUGUAUAUAUAUCUCUAUAUAUUUAUAUAUUUAUCUAUGUGGAUGUAUACAUUCAUGUAACAUAGGGAUGAAUGUUUUUUUUUUUUCAGUAGAUAAUAUUCUGUCACACACACACAAAAUAAAAACAUUUUAAAAGAACUUCUGUAUCCGUUAUCAUAUAUAUAUAUAUAUAUAUAUUUACAAGUCUAGAAUGCCAAGUUUUCUUGGGGGAAAAUAAAGGAGGCUGUUGAAACAUUUUGUUUCUAAUUCAGUCCUAAUUUUGUUACACAUUUCUUGUUACUGUUUGGUUCUCAGUCUUGGUAAGUUAACAGAGUCGGGUUAUCUUAGUCACGUUUUUAGUGGAUCAUACAUACUAUGCAUUUGUUAUUUUGUCCUCAAACAGUGUACAUGAAUCAGUUCCGUUGUUUUAUUCUUGUCAGGAACUGAUGAGACCAUCAGGAUACAAUUUGGUGUGUGUGCUAGUUUAGCUUUCACUGGUUCUCUUAAUUGGGGAUAGUGUGGCCAUUAAUUCCAUGUUGUUAUUGCCAAGUCAGUCUUGUCACAAUCUGGAGAAAGAGAGCCAAACUGAACUAUUGUGAUUCACUCUGUAUGAUUUUCAUCCUAAUUUUUUAAAGUCUGUUCUGUGAAUUCACCUUAUACUACAUUUUUUUUUUAUCUUUACCAUUAAAUCUUAUUUGAAAAAAAGAAUAGUAGCAAGAAAUAAUGUUAUACUCAAGGUUUCUGCUAAUCUAAUAAUGGUAUCCACCAAUUUAUUUUCACAGACUAAUUUUGAUUGAUUUUGUUUGUAUUUGUGGCAAGAUUAAGAAAGACAACAAAAUGUGUCCUCCCCCCCUCCCAUGUUCUUUUCACCUUCAUUAUUUUCAAUUUUCUUUCAAACGUAUGAAUAAAACUUGUUUCAUGAACUUGAAAUGAUUUGUGAUAUUGUUCUGUUCAAAAGGUGUUUCAAAAUGAUUGACUUGAAAGAUACUUUUAACAAAUUUCAGUAGAGAGUAUGUGACCUCUGUUGGAUGUGUCUUGGUCCAUGCAGUUAUCACUCAUGCAUAUAUCUUCCAUCCCUAUUAUACAUUUGAGUAAAUCGCAUAAUGUUUCAAGCCAGGGUGACAUCAUUUCUUUAUUCAGUCUGCAAAUUUUCUUAUUUGAUAUGUGUGGACAGUCGUUUUGACCUCUGCUGUUUCCAAAACCUUUCAUCUUCCACUUUUUUUUUUUUUUGUUGGUUUCUUUGGUAUUGGUUGUAUAAUUGAUAACAAAAACACCAAAUGAUUUUGAUUGCUAUGUAAAAAAAAAAAAAUAGUGAAGGUUUUGUUCUACUGCCAUGUAACUAAUGAAUAGUCAAGGGUUUUUCAUGUAUUUAAUCAUGGUUAACGCACAUUUCUGUUUUUAUUCAUUUGUCAUUGAAUCCUUUGGUGUAUGGUAAGGGUAGGAGUUGAUUGAACUGUAUCAGAGAGACUCUAGACUGUGACUCAUUAUUGUGCCUACUUGUGUCCAUACAAUUGUUCCCUCCCCUUAUUCCCUUGUCCUCUCUGCGUGAACUAGCUGUGCUCGGGAGUCAUUGGAUGAAUGUAAUUCAGUUCUUGUUAAAUCUCUAAGCAAAACAUGUGACUGUUUAAUACUGGACAGUGAUAUUUAUGAAUAUUUUUGAGAGAAAAAACUCAUAAGUAAAACUAUUUUUUUCAAUUUUUAUUUUAUUAUACUUUUUUUUUUUUUUUUUUUUACAAAUAUUACUAAUUUAAAAAAAGAAAAUGAAAAAAAAUCAGCAACCAUCCCGCAGAGUAUUGGCUAUGCUGAUAUUACUGAAGCAAAACUUUGAAAUAACAAAACAAUGUUCCAUUAUAAAUUCUUUGUUUGGACUAAGAGAUAUUCUUCAUCCUGCUCCAAAAUUUUGUAAUUGUGGUUUUUGGGGAAAAAAAAAAAGUGUCUUUUCUUCACAAUAUUACCCCCUUCAAGCAACCUGCACCCUAAAGCUUGAUGCCAGGCUUUGCGUCUAUUAUCCAAUUGUUCAAUGCUCUUCUCUUCUCUCAGUACUUGUACAUAAGUUGGUCAUAUUUAUUUGUUCUGGUUGAGUGUUUGUUUUUCUUUUCCAAUAAGUUGAUGAUAUUCAGCAGUUAUAUUUUUCCUUCUUUUUUUUUUAUUUUAAAUUUUAUUUGCAUGUAAAUAAUGCUGUAGAAUGUUUUCAUUUGAUAAAACUAUUGAGUUGCAUUGAAAUGAAAUGUCCCUGUGAAAAGUAACUUAAUAGUGUAGAGCCCCAUGCCUAGUAAAAAAAUAAAUAAUAAAAAGUGGUUUAUUUCAAGUUACAGAUAGAACAGCCCGGUCGCAUUAGCAUUAAGUUGUAACAUCUGUAUCUUGGUAGCCAUUACUUAGUUCUAUGUUUAUGAUCUCCUUCAGUAAAUUAGUAACGUCCAUUUCUCACUGUAAUUUGCCUGACCAUUUGCAUGUCAACUCUGAUGGACAUCAACAAUUUAGGAGGGAGGGUGUCUUUUUCUUUUAUUAUUGAUUGUAUUUAUAUUUUAAAAAAAAACAACAAAAAAAAAAUGAAUUGGGCUAUACCAUUGUUGGUUGUGACAGAAAUCAGAAACUAUAACCUACUUCUGUGGUUUAAGUUUUGUUUUGUUUUGUUUUGUUUACCAUGAAUGUACUAUGAUUCAAUUGAUGUGUAUUUUUUUUGUUUUUUUUUUAUCUGACUAUUAUUUGCUUGAAAUGUAAAUUCUAAUUGUCACCAAUGUUGCUACUGGUUGCUUGGAUGGGGUAACAUUGUGAAGUGAAUUCAAAUUAUUUGAUAAUAUUAGAUGUUCUUUUUAAUUAUUAUUAUUUUUUUUUUCAAUUUUAAAAGGGAGAUAAGCAAAUUAAAUUUGAUGUCAAACAAUCCA